AAACCCCACUGAAGAAGAAAGAAGGUCGUCAGUGUUCGACAUGUUGAAUACAAUCACAUGCUACUGUAAAAGCGGGAUUGGAGAAAUUCGUUAUUUCUUCUGGAUAACUCUAAUCUAUGAAAAUCACUUAAGGACUAGAUUGACAACCUAAAAGUUGCUAUAAAGGUACAAUGUUUACCAACAAGCUACUGACCCUGGUGCUGGUGGUGCAGCCUGGACGGGUGCUGCUGGGCAUGAAGAAGAGAGGGUUCGGCGCAGGGAAGUGGAAUGGGUUUGGUGGCAAAGUCCAAUCUGGGGAGACUAUUGAAGAGGCUGCCAGGCGAGAACUGCAGGAGGAAUGUGGCCUCACAGUGGAUGCACUUAAUAAGAUUGGAAAUAUCAAAUUUGAAUUCAUCGGAGAAACAGAGCUGCUUGACGUCCAUGUUUUCCGAGCUGAAAACUACAACGGGGAGCCAACAGAGUCAGAUGAGAUGAGGCCACAGUGGUUUGACUCUGACAAGAUACCCUUCAGUCAAAUGUGGGUUGAUGAUGUUCUGUGGUUUCCACUGAUGCUUCAAAAUAAGAAGUUCUUGGGCUACUUCAAAUUUCAAGGUCAUGACUUAAUCAUCGAUCACAAGUUGGAGGUGGUAGACAAGCUUUAAGACAGACUACUGGCCUCUGACUCAUUCAUACUGUAUCAAAGAUCAUUCCCUAUUGUGUUUAUAAUAAAUUGUUGAAGUAUGUGCGAAUGCA